GCAUGCGCGAGUUUUUCUUUAAUUGUCCAUGUCGGCGCCGAGCCUUGUUGUAGUUCACAUUCAGCACUUUUCACUACGGCACCGCUGAGCAGAGCCUUUUCACUACGGCAAGAUGAUGAUCACCGGGCCGUCUCGUGCCGAAACCGCGGCAACUUUGCGUCGACGGUAUGACGCUUUGCGUAUUGUUGCUGGAAUUUUUCUGCUCUCCGUUGUCGCCGCAGGUGCCUGGAUAUUGUACGAUUGGUUUGAGAACAGGCACUUUCCAUUUUGGACCGCGAUAUUUGGUGGCGGGCCGAGCGAAAACACGGAAAAGAAGGAGAGGCUUUCCACAUCAACUACGUCGACUUCUAGUUCCUCCAACAUGAACGGUCGUUACACUGUCCAGGAAAAAACACCCAUCCACAUCCAAUUUGUCAUGCAAAACAUACAUAAAAUCCUGUGUUUGUCAUGCAAAAAAUGGAUGUGGAUGGGUUUUUUUCUGUGGAUAUACACGCUGGACGAUCCCCGCGCGGCGAAAUUUGAAACGGAAUUCGCGAAACGCGGAAUGCAGUUCUUUGACGUGUACAGUGACGUCAUUGACUCGCGCUACGCGGAAGUGUAUUGGACGGAGCAGGGGAAUUUGCCCUUGCCGAGGGUAAUCCAGGACAAGUUCGAGAACGGAAAAACGAUCGCGAUCACGGGGUACGAGCAUGACCAAGUGUUUGCGAGUGAUCUCAGCGUGUCUGUGCCCUUCUCCUGGGUCUACAACCACCAUUACGUCGUAUAUGUGACAACGGGGAAGAUGGAGUACAAACUUGCGGCGAGGUCCGAUGUGCGAAAGUGGGCUAUGAGGAAACACGGGGAUGAAAAUUCAGGUUCUCGGAGCAGUACUGCUGCUACCGAGCUUUCGAAAAAUCAGCAUUUGGACCUGCACCACAUGGGUGUGGGCAUGCGGGACUGGAACAAAACGCACGUGAGACUUUGGGUGCCGGUCGAUAGCAGUCCCAAGAAGAAAGAACGUGAAAAUUUUUAUCCAAGCGACGACUCGACGACUAUUCCGCGCUCGCAGUUUAUUUCCGAGGCAAAUGGCGGGGAGAGCCGCAAGAGCCUGCACAGCUAUCCAAAGGGCUUAGCGCAACUAGUGUACUCACCGAAGUUCUGGCACGUGACGCCGAUGCAGGUCGACAGCCGGAACCGGAAGUGCGGGUUGGAUCCGAGCACGGUCGGAAAGCCCUGUGCGACACUCGGUCCGGAGCCAAGGCAAGCGAGGUACGGAAGAGAGAUGAAAAACGCCAAUGUGUCUGCACUGGUGGAGUGCCCGUGCACCGACCGGUUCGGCGGCGACCCGCUGAUUUACGGGGAGGCAGUGAAGACGAAGUCCUUCCGCAAGCAGUUUGUGGUGGAGAACUGUGGAGCCGCAAGUACAACAGCUACGACCGCGAAAGCUGCGCAAUGCUUCGAAGCGGCGGCAAACUUGGUUCACCUGGAUUCGUCGCGAAAACCUGUGAUCGUAAGAAAUACGACCGUGCCAGCGGACAGUGCGGAACGCGCACCAGCCGGAUGCUCUGUUCGAUUUGUCGACACUCCUGCAAGAAAGCAGGAGCGGCCAGCAGCUGGCGCCACACGAUCGCGGCGUGCAGAAGAGGACACGUCGUCGGUAGAGAUCCUCUUUCGCGAAGCAGCAGCUGACUCACUCCAAACAUCGAAAGAUAUCAAAAACUCUGUUGCAAAAAAGUGUACCACGGCCGCCAAGAAGCUAGGGAGUGUGUCUUUUGACGGCAUUGGUGUGUCUACCGAGAUAUCUGUCAACGAAACGCACGUGGAAAUGAGGCUGCAAGGACCCGCGACUGUUUGGUUCGGCGUGGCAUUUGACGCGGUGCUGAUGGCUGACCAGCCUUACACCAUCCUCGUUUUGCCGAGGGGCUCGACGUCACCAACCGGGGCCAGCUCCUCACAAAUGGUUCCACCAACAGAAGCGGACGUUGUUGAACAGCAGAUUGGCACGUGCGGCGAAGAGGCGCAACAUUGUCCCGGGGACAGGCUGAAGAUACAGUCUUUGACGAAACUAGAGGACCGAGUUGUCGAAAUUAACCCAGAUGAUUUUUACGUAAGUGAAAAUACAGGACCGAGUGCACGAACUUCUUCUGGUGCCGCACCGCAGUUCAUGCGCAUAGUGCGCGUGGUGCGGAAGCUGAUCGGCGCUAGUCCGAAACACUACACCUUCAAUGCCGGCACCAUCAAUCUGAUGGCGGCGAUCGGCCGGUCGCCGAAAUUCGCCCAUCACAAGGGCCACCGACGAAAGCAGGUCGCACUGUUUGACAGGAGCGCUGACGCGUUCAACUGCGUCUGCGUUGAUUUGAAAACGCCAGGCCUUCUGUGCGAUUCCAACGGCCUGAAUUGCGAGUCCUUCGUGAAAAACUGUGCGCCGGAUUGUGCAAAGACGGACAUUUUCCACACAAAGGAGCACCACUGCGGCGACCUGGUUUGGCAAGAGAACCCGACCUAUCAAAUGGAAAAAUGUCUGGGUCUGGAAACUUGUGAUGCUGUGCGGCGUAUCAUGAGGAGGCCACAAUUGCUGGCUCAGCAUGACAAGUUUCUGAGCUGCUAGGUGUUGCCUAUUCUGCAUGAGAAACUACCUUUCUGCAUGACAGAAAAGUGGGGCUCUUUGGUAAUGUGCAUGACAGAUUUAAGAGUCAUGCCAGACAAGCAUGACAAACUUGCAUUCUUCCAGACCCAGACAUUUUUACAUUUGAUACGACCUGCGCCAGUCUGAGUUAUGUGGGGGGUCUUCAGUGUUGCCGACACGGAUCGACGUUGCUGGACCAGGGGCAGAAGAUGGACCCGCCAGACGUGCUGCAGUAUCGGGUCAAGUUCCGGUUCUGGUACGAGGAAUACAACGAAGGUGGGCGUACUGUCAACACGCAAGACAGAAAGAACGCAGCUCAAAGCCCGACGAAGGUCCGCCCUCCAUCGCACCUGAAUCUCGAUCGACUGUACUACCAGACCGAGGGUUUCGCUGGUGAGUACGAUGUGCCGCCGGCGUUCCGGCUCCCGACCGAAACUCAGCCUCUGGUUGGAUUUCCCGACUUGAAGGUUGGGGAUGUGUCGAAGGGCACAAAAUGCACUUGUGGGCGGGAAACAAGCACGGACCGACGUUGGGAGUUUUCUUCUGGGGCGAAAAUAGAGCCGCUGAGUCUGCUGCCCUCAUGCCACUGUGUCCACGCUUUGGAGUAUCGGUUUCUGUUCUAUCGGAAGGCGAUGAGAAGUUCAACCCUGGAUGGGUUGUUCGAAGAGAUAACUGGCGCAGUCUCUUUGUCAGAGUCGACUGUCCGUAGCCCGCUGAAAGUUUCCAAGGGGAGCAGUGGCGCCGUUGCAAGAAGCGAGGCUGUGAAUGUGUUGCCCGGAUUGACGAGAUUGGCCCACGGUGCGGCGUCGAUGAAUGAUCAAAGCACCACCGCACUUUCACACACGGGAAAAAAACCCGGUGUGUACCUCAUUUGGGCGAACGGGCACUGCCACGCACCUUCGUGUCUUUCUAUGGAGCUUUUUCGCAACGACACUGGGGAGCUGUUGUGUAAACAAACGCCACGGGAUGCGGCGUCGGAAGCAGGAAGCAAAUUCGGGGAGCCGGGAUACAUCUACACGCCGCCGUGCAUUUUUGCCGCUCCGGGCGGACCAGACGAAACCGUCUUGCCGCGUGCGCCUCUCAUUCCUGACGGCGUUCCGCUAUUGAGCGUGAAGAAAAACAAAAACACGGAUGUGGGCCAUCUCGGCGAGAUGGCCUCGUGGCAAAUGCGUGCGGUCGGGGAGGAAAAAGUCACUUCACUAGCCGAACAGGCAUCAAGAAUAUAGAAUACCGGACGACAGAAGUGGCCGGGAUGCGCGUUUAGAUUGGUUCACUGAGUACACUACCUAGUGGUCUCUACCGUUUUUUCUUUGUUCACCGGGAAGGUUCUC